UGUACAGAGAUCUUCAAAAGAGAGUGUGUGAUCUUCCAGAAACCAGUCUACUGCUUUGUUCAUCUGAGCAUUCAGGAGUUUCUGGCUGCAGUCUACAUGUUCCACUGUUUCACCAACAGGAAGACAAAGGUGCUGAGGGAUUUUCUGGAUAUCUGGAAUGACAUCACAUCGCUUCAUGAGUUUCUGUCAAAAAGUAUGUUGAGAUCCUUCAGGAGUAAAAAUGGCCACCUGGACCUGUUUGUUCGCUUCCUUCAUGGCCUCUGUCUGGAGUCCAACCAGAGACUCUUAGGAGGUCUGCUGGGUCAGACAGAGAACAGUCCAGGAACCAUCCAGAGAGUCAUUAAGAGCCUGAAGAAGAUGAACAGUGAUAAAAUCUCUCCUGACAGAAGCAUCAACAUCUUCCACUGUCUGAUGGAGAUGAACGACCUCUCAGUACAUCAGGAGAUCCAAGAGUUCCUGAAGUCAGAGAACAAAUCAGAGAGACUCUCUGAGAUCCACUGCUCAGCUCUGGCCUUCAUGCUGCAGAUGUCAGAGGAGGUUCUGGAUGAGUUGGACCUGCAGAAGUACAACACAUCAGAGGAGGGACGACUGAGACUGAUUCCAGCUGUGAUUUACUGCAGAAAGGCUGGACUGAGUUCUUGUGGACUCUCAGAGACUCACUGUGAAGUUGUGGCCUCAGCUCUGAAGUCCAACCCCUCCCACCUGACAGAGCUGGACAUGAGCUUUAACAACCUGCAGGAUUCAGGCGCAAAGCUGUCCACGGGACUGAAGAGUCCAAACUGUCAACUUAGGAUUCUGAGACUUAAAGGCUGCAGGCUGUCAGAGGUGAGCUGUGCUGCUUUGACCUCUGCUUUAAAGACUAACCCCUCCCAUCUGGUAGAGCUGCACCUGAGUGGAAAUCACCAGCAGGAGUCUGACAUUAAGGAUCUGUGCGGUUAUCUGGAAAGGCCUCACUGUAAACUACAGACUCUGAGAUUAGAUUCAUGCAGUUUAUCAGAAACCAGCUGUGAUCAUCUGGUCUCAGCUCUGAAGUCCAACCCCUCCCAUCUGACAGAGUUGGACCUGAACUAUAACAUGAACCUGCAGGACUCAGGAGUGAAGAUGCUGUGUGGAUUUCUGCAGAGUCCAGACUGUAAUCUGGAGACACUCAGUUUCAGUCUCUGCGGUUUGUCAGAGAUCAGCUGUGCAUAUCUAGCAUCAGCGCUGACGUCCAACCCCUCCCCUCUGAAACAUCUGGAGCUGAGUAACAACAAUGUGCAGGAUGCAGGAGUGAAACAUCUGUGUGGGUUUCUGGAGCGUCCCUGCUGUAAGCUGGAGAAACUGAGUUUAAGGAGCUGCAGCUUGUCGCACAUCAGCUGCACUUCUCUGGCUUCAGCUCUGAAGUCCAACCCCUCCCAUCUCAGAGAGCUGGACCUGAAGUACAACAACCUGCAGGAUUUAGAUGUGAAGCAGCUGUCUGAUCUUGUGGAGACUCCAGACUUUAGAGUGGAGAGAUAAAGCUGGAUGCAGCUGACAGCCAGAAAGAUGCACAGAGACACCUGCCCUCUUUUUGACUCUCCACAGCUUCGUUGGUUCUGAUUGGACCUCAUCUCUUCACAGCAUUAUCAUCUCAUUUUUAUACACACUGACAAAAGUAUCAGUACAUUUCAUCCUAGUUUUGGUUUUUGUUAUCAUCUUGUUUUCGUCAGGGAAUAAAAGUUGUUAAUGUUUGCACUGGUUUAGCUCGGCCACCUGAGAAAUCUCAGAUACAGCUGCUCGUCGGCUGCUAAGUUAUAUAUUUAAUAUUUAGUUGACUGUUUGUUCGUUGUUAGAGUUUAAUUAUCAUCCCUGUGGUGUUGGCUGUGAGCUUCAUGUUUUUAUAAAAAAAACAAUUCUUUUUUAAAAUGAAGUUAUUAUUGUCACUUUGUCUGCUGUGAGUUUUGUGCUUGUAAUUAGGGGGUGGGUUUAAAAAAUAAAUUUUAGCUUGAAUAACA